AUGUUACGAAUGCAUAAAGGGAAGAGAAAUGUAGAGAAGUUUUCGGAUAUGAAAGUGAUAUUUAGCGGAGUUUGCGAUGGUUUUCCGCAAAAUACGACAGAUAUACGAGGUACCAAAGAGUUUUCGGCGGAUCGAGAACGUACAUGUCGAGCAAGCAUUGCGAUGACUAGCAAAUCGGUUGCAUCCGACUAUAUGAAAUGGGAAGAAUUAACAUUUCAUAAAAAUCUUCGAUUAAAACUUUUAUCUUUAACUGGUGAGGCACCAACAGCUAAUGAUGCUUUAAAUCUGGCUCGAAUAGAUGGUCGUUUAUUAGCUCCUGAACCUGAAUCACUAUGUAAAAUGGGAAUAAUGGACGAUGCAGAGCAUAGUCGGAUAAAUGAGAAAGAUAAAUUUGAGGAUACUCUUAUUAGUAGGAUUUUUUUUGUUCCGAUUCCUGAUGAAGACUUUGAGGAGCAUUCAUUCUCUAAACGGUGA